AUGGGCGUGCAUUGUGCAAUCACUUACGACUGCCCUACAGCAUACCAUGCUCACGACUUCCCCUUGACUAUACCACCGGCGCUGGUUGAUCCUGGCCUCGUUAUGCUGACGGUCGAGGAGAGCGCACACUAUCCCUUGCUUGGGGAUCUAUCCGACGACGAAUGGUUAUCCCUUACCUCCGCCGGAGUGGGGUAUGUUCGUCUCGGCCCCGACCAGCGGAGAUUCGUGGUCACCAUGUUCCACGAAAUGCAUUGCCUUCGUGUUCUGAAUCUCGCUAUCGGCGGUUCUUCUCGGGCGUCCAUGGACCACGUCACGCAUUGCCUCAAUUAUCUUCGCCUCAUGGCGCUGUGCUCAGCGGACAUCACCCUUGAGAGCGGAGACUUCAUGGCGCGCGACUUCUCAACCGAGCACAUUGGAGAAACGCGUGUUUGUCGAGACUGGACUGCUGUAUACUCUGCGAUGCAUGAUAACUACGCGGAAUGGCUAAACUCGACUACACGAGUAAGUGACAGUCUCUUCUCGUGA